AUGCCUCACAAAGACGUCCCCCUUAGACCAGUAAAGCUGGCCUUUGAUCCUGUUGGAUCAGACACCCUCGGUGUGCCUCGCCUAGACUUUGCGUCUCUGUUCCGUGAAGAAAACGUGGCUGAGGAUGCUCCCCUUGUCAUUAACCCAGAGGAGAUGGGGGUCCCAUGGAACACGUCUCUCCCUUGGACAAGACAAUCCAAGUUCUGGGCUUACGCUGAGGCGGCUGGAUAUGAUUUGGCCAACGCAAUCAGUCUUGACAAGGCAUCAGAGCGUGGAACUCUGCCCAUGGAGUUGAUGGACGAGCGCCGCAAGUGGAAGAUUGAUGAGCUAGUUGAGGAUGCCCUCUCUUGCUGUGCCUAUCUUUAUCCUACAUCAUCUCCUACCAGAUUGGCGUUGUUGACCCAGUCUGUCCUGCUUCUAUUCCUCCACGACGACGUUAUUGAGCGAGGUGCUACUCAGAAUGAAACCACAGUGGUAGACGAGUUCCUUAGCAUGGCCCCUAAGAACAGACACCUCAAGAAAUUCUGGUCAGAAGUAUUGGAAUGCGAUCCCGUCCUUGGUCCCGAUCUACUUUAUGCUAUUCACGCUUUCGUCCGCGAUGGUCGUGUCAAGUCACCCUUUAAGCAAGAUCACUAUGCUACAUUGGCCGAUUACAUGCUCUACCGCCGAAAUGAUGUUGGCAAGACAUUCAUGCUUGCAGCUAUCCGCUUCGGCUCUGGCGUGCGCCAAACAGCCGAGGAACUUGCUCCCUUUGACGAGCUUGCUGAUCUUUAUGUCAGACACUCAAUCCUUAUCAACGAUCUCUACUCGUAUGAUAAGGAGGUUCAUGAGGUCAAGACCAUCAACGCAUCUAUCGUGAACGCAGUGGCUGUCACAGAGCAGCUGCUUUCUGUGUCGCCUGACCUGGCCAAGACCAUCACUAGAAAUAUCACAUUCGACAUGGAGAAGGAGUUUUACAGCAUGUGUGAGAAGUUUAUGCACAGCCCUGCUAUCAACGAUCGCCAGCGCGUUUUCAUAACCGCUCUGUUUGAUGCGUUGACGGGUAACAUUUUCCACUCUGCUACUUUGAGUAGAUAUUCAAGGAGUACGGGAAAUUCUCCAUUCUAG